CUUUCUUGUCUUUCUCCUGCAGUGUUGCUGCUGAAUUCUAAAGAGACUCAGGCAGAGCUGGGUUGGACAUCUUACCCUCCCAAUGGAUGGGAGGAGAUCAGUGGUGUGGAUGAGAAGUAUAAGCCCAUCCGGACCUACCAGGUGUGUAACGUGAUGGAGCCGAGCCAGCAGAACAACUGGCUUCAGACAGGGUGGGUGGCGCGCCGCGGCGGCCAGCGCAUCUUCGUGGAGCUCCAGUUCACGCUGCGUGACUGCAACAGCAUUCCCGGAGUGGCCGGAACCUGCAAGGAGACCUUUAACCUCUUGUACGUGGAGUCUGACCGGGACCUGGGAGGCGUGACCCGAGAGGACCGCUACACCAAGAUUGACACCAUCGCUGCGGACGAGAGCUUCACGCAGGGUGACCUUGGGGAGAGGAAGAUGAAACUGAACACGGAAGUGCGUGAGAUCGGCCAUCUCAACCGGAAGGGCUUCCAUCUGGCGUUCCAGGACGUGGGUGCCUGCGUGGCUCUGGUGGCGGUCCGGGUUUACUACAAACGCUGCCUUGCCACCGUCCAGAACCUGGCGGUGUUCCCAGACACAGUGGCCGAGGCCGCCUUCGCCACACUGGUGGAGGUACGUGGCAGCUGUGUCAACAAUUCAGAGGUGGACACGGACAGUCCUCCCAGGAUGCACUGCAGCGCUGAGGGGGAGUGGCUUGUUCCCAUCGGGAAGUGCAGCUGCAGCGCUGGAUAUGAGGAGGGACAUAGCAGCUGUGAAGCAUGUCCUCCCGGAUCCUACAAGAUGUCCUCCAGGCAGAUGGAAUGUUUUCCUUGCCCGGCCAACAGCAUUGCAGAGGAGGAAGGAUCCGUGGUUUGUGUGUGUGAGGAAGACCACUUCAGGACCCCCCUGGACAAUCCCUCAGCUCCAUGCACACGACUCCCAUCUCCACCCAGAAACCUGGUCUACACAAUCAAACAGUCCACAUUGAUCCUGGACUGGUCCGCUCCGUCUGACACUGGAGGCCGGGUGGACCUGACCUACAGAGUGGGGUGCCGGCGGUGCGUGGACAGGAAGUGUGAGCCGUGUGGUGCCAGCGUGGGCUUCGUUCCUCAACAGGUGGGGCUGACGGAGAGGACAGUGACGGUGGUCAACCUCCUCCCAAACAGCAACUACAGCUUCACCGUGGAGGCUCUGAACGGCGUGUCGGAGUUGCUGCCCAACAAGAGGUUCUACACCCAAGUCAAUGUGUCCACCAGCCUUCCCACUCCGUCUCUGAUCAGCGAGCUCCGGGCAGAGAAGAUCGAGCAGAGGAGCAUCACGCUGGUUUGGAGGGAGCCGUCGUACCCAAACAGCAGCCGCACCGAGUAUGAAGUCAAGUACUACGAGAAGGAACAGAGGGACCAGAGUUAUUCCACGGUGAAGACUUCAGCCACUCGAAUCAGCAUCAACAAUCUGAAACCUGGAACCACCUACAUCUUCCAGAUCCGUCCCUUAUUAACGUUGACCUCCUCUUCAUCCUUGUCUUCCUCGGCACUUUCAUCCUCUACAUCUUCUUCUUCCUCCGUUUCUUCCUCCUUUACCUCAUCAUCCUUAUCUUUAUCAUCAUCCUCCUCCACUCCGCCACCCAUAGACUACGGAGCCUACAGUCCUCCUCUGGAGCUGCAGACACUUGGCGAGUUGGCACUGGCGUCCAGCGAGCAGAGUCCGGUGAUGAUCAUUGUGGUUGUGUCCGUGGCCGUCCUCAUCACGCUGCUGUCCAUGGGCCUGGGACUGCUGGUCUGGAGGAGACGAUGUGGCUACAGUAAAGCAUCUCAGGAGGGAGACGAGGAACUCUACUUCCAGUUUAAGAUCCCAACACGGAGGACCUACAUCGACCCAGAAACCUGUGAGGACCUGCUGCAGGCCGUCCACGCCUUUGCCAAGGAGCUGGACAACCAGAGCAUCAAGAUCGAGAGGAUCAUCCACACAGGUGACUUUGGGGAGGUGUGUCGCGGCUGCCUGAAGCUGCCCAGUAAGAGGGAACUUCCUGUGGCCAUCAAGACUCUGAGGGCCGGGUGCUCGGACAAACAGCGCCGCUCCUUUCUCAGCGAGGCCCCCAUCCUGGGCCAGUUCGACCACACCAACAUCAUCCGGCUGGAGGGGGUCAUCACCACAGGAAACACGAUGAUGAUCAUUGAAGAGAGCAUGUUGAAUGGCGCCCUAGAUUCCUUCCUGAGGAAACAUGAAGGACAGCUGACUGUGAUGCAGCUGAUGGACAUGCUGACCGGAGUGGCGUCCGGGAUGAAGUACCUCACUGAGAUGGGCUUCGUGCACAAACGACUGGCUGCUCACAAGGUUCUGGUGAACUCCAACCUGAGCUGCAAAGUGUCCGGGUUCAGACCUCUUCAGGAGGACAAGAUCGAGGCCAUCUACACCACUUUGCAUGGAGGGAAGAGCGUGGUUCUGUGGACCGCUCCAGAGGCCAUCCAGUUCCAUCGCUUCUCCUCUGCCUCCGACGUCUGGAGCUUCGGCAUUGUCAUGUGGGAGGUCAUGUCCUUCGGAGAGAGGCCCUACUGGGACAUGGGCAACCAGGAUGUGAUCAAGGCCAUUGAGGAUGGCUUCCGGCUGCCAGCUCCAGUCAACUGUCCCCCCCACCUCCACCAGCUGAUGCUGGAUUGCUGGCAAAAGGAGAGGACGGAGCGUCCCAGCUUCAGCCACGUCCACUCAGCCCUCAGUCAGAGCAUCCGCUCCCCAGAUGGCAUCAGUUCUUCCACAUUGGCCCGCAGGACUCUGAGUUCAUCCAUCACUUUGGCGGAGCGGCCGCUGCCCACCUUUCCGUCCCUCAGCUCGGUGGGAGAGUGGCUGGAUGCCGUGGACAUGGGCCGGUACAAGGACAACUUCACUGCAGCAGGAUACUGCUAUCUAGAGUCUGUGGCUCGGAUGACCGUACAGGAUGUGCUGAGUCUCGGCAUCACCUCCCUGGACCACCAAAAGCUGAUCCUGGCUGCCAUCCAGACACUCCGAGCCCAGGUCAUCCAGAUGCACGGCCGCGGCGUGCAGGUCUAAGCACACCUGUGCUCACUCUGCUGCACAUAUACCUGCGCAGGUGUGCAGGUGGGAGAUGGGGCAGACACAAGGACCAAACUCUUCCACGCUGAAAACAGACCAGCAGAUCAUUCAGCUAACUCCUUCCCCCAGGUCCUCAUGCCUUCCUUCAUCCGUUCUUCCUUUUUUCCGUCUCCAUGGAGACAAGUGGUGUUCGUGACAGCGGAGGAUUGAUGUCAUGUGACUUUAUCUCUACCUGCACUUUGACCAUGAACAACUGUGCUGUCUCCAUCUAACAGACUCUGGACCAGAACUGGAGUUUCCCUUUACAGAGUCGAAAGAUCAUAUAAUGUAGGGCUGUCCUGGUGGGCGGAGCCAGAGGAGCUGGACCAACCUGAUCCGGUCUGAUGAGAUCUGCUGCUGAUAUUCUUCUUCACUCUGACCCAAAACCAGUGAUGAAAAAGUUUUCUGAUUUUCCUGAAUCAAAGCCUGACGCCCAAU